AUGGCUGAGAUGCUGGAGACAGCCUUGUGGCUACCUGUUAGCUUCUUAGCAGCGUCCAUGCUGCGUGAUGUGACGAGGAUGAAUCCAUUGUGGCGUUUCGGCCAUCUAGAGGUUGUCGAGAAGCUGCUGACGGCUGGGGCCGAUGCCAAUGCCGCCGCCGCUGGAGGAGAUGGACGGACGGCGCUCCAAGCAGCCGCUGAGGGAGGCCAUCUAGAGAUAAUAAAUCGACUGAAGGCAGCAGGUGCUUUAAGCAACUUAAAUACCAUGCUUCUUCCAGAGGAAAUUUUGGCGGAGUCAUUCGUCGAUGAAAAGGAAUUGGUGGCUAAAAUUCUUCUUGGCGUUCGGGAAAGAGAGGGCGGAGGUGCCUCCGACGCAAGGCUGAAGACCAGAAAGAGGCACGAGAGCUACAAUCGUGAUGGCAGCGCCAUGUAA